AUGAAGGCCUAUGUGGAUAUUCUGGGUCAUGAUAGACCCGGUGUCACACAGGCGGAGGUUUCUCAGAAUAAUAGUCAGCCUAUCAGAGCCGUCAAUCAUGGCAGGGGUUACACGGGAGCUGCAGCAGAAAAUGGCUGCUCUCUUCGUGUGCCUGCGUCGAGAGUAGCAAAUGGAGGCCCGAUUGACUCAUUAGGAAGACACAUGAUCCCCGUAGCAGCCACUACAGGCAUCACGGCCACAGCCACGCAGAACCUCAACGGCGAGAGGGAAAAGAACUAUAUAAAGGAAGGCAGACACAUGUUGAAGGUACCUCGACUGGUUGCUUUCAUUUGGGGCUUCCCAAGAGCUUGUCUGUGGCUAUGCUUGAUCCCCUAUCUGGAAGGCUUAAACGAUAAGAUUGCUUUUACCUCGGUUGAUACCGUUGCGAAAACUGUAGACAGGCUGUCUGGUUUGGCAAUAUUUGCACCUAGAAUUCCGGAUGCUAAGCUGCGACAUUAUUUUAACCUACUGUCCGAGGGCACUGCCCCACCAACCAAUUUAAUUUCCGCACAUCUUCUGGGGUGCGGUUCCGCGGAUCACUGGGCUACCCGAGCUAAGUAUGAUCCACUCUCGGGGCAUCGGCCGCAAGGGGAUCUUUGUAAAGUGUACGGAGUAGCGAAAGCGAUCAAGCAUCCCAUUAUCUUCGCAUUCGACCGGAUUCGGUUACCAUACGAUCAUACAUGUCCGGGAUCUCUGCAUUUCCGACCGAAUGCCAGUCCUCCCUUCCUUCUUCUCUUCCGACCCCGUGUGUCUGACUGUGUGCCUGGGUCAACGUACAUGCUGGACCUUAAAGAACCUACUAGUACUAUUCAGGCCUUUCGUCGGAAAAGUAUGGGUUGGGAAGCUGCUCCUACAGUCAUGUCAAUCAACGGGGGCGGGGCAGUGAGGAUAGUCGUCAGAGAGGACCCCAGGCGUAGGAUUCAGAAUCCCUGGAGACUAGCUGCAUCGUGGCGUCUUCAUGACAGAUUUAGUCGAAUCCCCCCAUCCACACUUAGGCUUUUCCUUCCAAUCCCUUACCUCUCUGGGGGGACAGGGAGUGGGGGAGGGGCAAUCCGACUAAUUCUCCGCCUCGACAGGGGAUUGGAGAUGUGCGGUUUAAGGAUCUACAUUACGACUUCCGCUAGUGGUGGCGGUGGCUUGGCUGUGUGUAUGUGCCAGCGGCGAUAUGAAGGGUGGCCGGUGCGGCCGGGAGUUACAGUCGCCGAUCCCGUUAGACAUGCACGUGGACCAGCCCCGACCGGAAGUGCAUCUUUUGGGAACACUUGCCAUAAGAUCUGUCCCACACUCGGCGCUCAUCUACUCAACGGCGUCGUGAAACGUAUAGAUAAGGGUGCGGUACCGACUCUGGAGACAGUGACAAAGGAAAGGUAUCGCUACAAGGACUGA